AAAAUAUGAUUAAUAACAAUCCCAAAAUCAAAAUCUUAAAGCCUAUCGGACAGCCAAAUAAUCAACCUUAGCAAAAUAAUCAACCUUAGCAAAAUAGUAAACCGAAAAUAACAAUCAUUAAUUAACAGAGAAUUGAACAAGUUGAACAACCAAGAAUAGUAGUAAAAUAAGAUGUUAAAAUCUUAUAAGAAGUAGAUAUUUUUAUAAUUUUAGCGAUCUGGCUUUUUUGAUGAACUUUUAACAAAAGCUAAUUAAGAAAUUUUAUCCAACGAAAGCUAAUAUAAUAUACAACCAUUAUAAGAGAAUGGAUCAAUAAUUUUCCAAUUCUGGAAGUUUGAAUUUCCAGGAAAAGGAAACUUUGAACGAAAAUGCAUUAGUGGUAUUUUGUUUAUUGAUAGAAAUAGGUGUAUUAAAAUUCUAACCAGAUCAUCCAAAAAGUGCUCCAAGAUUUGAAUUUGAUCCAGUUUAUACAGAAAAAGGAGCUGAAGUUAUAUAGCAUGAAAAUAUAUAUGGAGGUAAUUUAAAUAAUUAAUUCAAAAGAUCAUUCUUUAUGCAUUCCUUUAUUUACAUAUUGGAAGAAUACUACAGUUGAAUAUGAAAUAUUAUAGGCUAUUGAACAUAUUUUUCAUAACCCAAAUUGGAAUGAAGGAGAUGCUCCAGCAAAUCCAAUUUUUUCAAAUUUGCUUGCUAACUAAAAAAAAGAAAUCCAAAAGAAUUAAGCUAAAUAUUUACCUGAUUUUUCUAAAAUAUUAUGA